AUGUUCUUCACAGCCAUCCGUCUUGGCUCGCGCACAACCUAUCGUGGAUCUCGCGGUUCCGGCUCGGGCGCCUCGACCCGCACCACUUCGUUCUCCUCGCCCAAAUCCCGCAACGCCUCUUUGGCCGCCUUGGAAACAGGUACGAUCUUCAAACGGUCCCAACGCGGCCUUUAUGACGGUCGAACCAUCCAGUCGGGACAUAACGUGCCGAAAUCGCGCCAAAAGACCGCUCGAACCUGGUCGCCCAACGUCCAAUCCAAGAGGCUGUGGUCGGAUACCUUUGGAGAGUUCUUCAAGGCAAAGGUUAGUACGAGUGCCUUGAGGUCAAUGGACAAGAUGGGUGGGCUGGAUUACUAUUUGGCGAAUACGAGGGGUGAGAAGCUAGGCGAAUGGGGGAGGGGAUUGCGGGAAAAGUUGGCGGUGAGGUUGAGACAGAACAGACUGCAGGCUCAGGCGGAGGCCGGAUCGGACAGGGUGGGCAAGAAUGCGAGUGCGUAG